AUGACUCAAUACCAACCCCUCCAGCCACCUCGCGAAACGAACGCGUGGAAAGCUUUGAGGGGGGCGGGCACUGGUUCUCAUUCCUGGGAAGGGACUGCACUUACCUCACGCCAGCCCGGGGUGCUGUGGGGGCGGCCCGUUAUCGGGGCCCCGGAGCCAGUUGCUACGGCCCCAUACACCCGAGCUCGCUGCCAAAGAGGCGCGCGGAAACUGGGAGGGCGGGGCGAACGCCGGACGUUCUGGGCACGUGACCGCCACCCGUGCGCUGAGGGGCGGAAAGGAGGUGCUUCGACUGGGAGGAGGGCGAAAAGUUCAACUCGUGUGCACACUCCCCUUCCUUGGCCACUCCCCUUCCUCCACCCUCCUCGGGCUCCCACACUUGCCCCCGCCCCUGGGGACACCUGCUCGUGCGGGGCAGGGCGGGGAUGCGCAGCCGCGGCCCCUUCUCCUCUCCCCCUCCCCGCCCCGCCCCUCCCUCCAUCCUUCACCCGCUCCCCGGCGCCCGCCCCGCCCGCCCGCCACUCCGGGGGGGUCUCCGCCGCCGCCGCCGCCGGAAGGAGCCGCCAUUUGCCACCGCCGAGCGCACGGGCCGAGCCAAGCCUGAUCCCGGAGCCGGAGGGGGACAGGGACCGAGAGAACGGCGAUGGGGGGCGGCCCCGCCGCAGGAGGACCCGGGCGCGUAACCCCGGGGGCCCGGCCCGCUCCAGACCCAGACCCGCGGGGUGCGGCACCCUGAGCCCCCCUCCCCGCCCCCUGCCCUGGCCAUGGCCGCCCACCCCGCCGCCCCCGGGCCGCCAGCCCGCUCGGCCCCGCAAGCACCGGAGCCCCGGCGGUGGCAGCAGUGAACGGCUGUCGCAGGCCCCGAAGACCCCGGCCCGGCUCGGCUCUCUAGCGCGCGCCCCCUUCCCGGCCUUGUCCUCUCCCCUCCCCCUGCCGCUAGCGAGCCCCCCUUGCACGCUGCCCCCCGCCCCCGGUGUCCGGACGAUGCUCAAGUCUCGGCUCCGCAUGUUUCUGAACGAGCUGAAGCUGCUGGUGCUGACAGGCGGGGGGCGGCCCCGGGCCGAGCCGCAACCCCGGGGGGGCCGGGGAGGCGGCUGCGGCUGGGCGCCCUUCGCUGGCUGCUCCACCCGGGACGGCGACGGCGACGAGGAGGAGUACUACGGGUCGGAGCCGCGGGCCCGGGGCCUGGCCGGCGACAAGGAGCCGCGGGCCGGACCCCUGCCGCCGCCCGCGCCGCCGCUGCCGCCCCCGGGCGCGCUGGACGCCCUGUCGCUCAGCAGUAGCCUGGACAGCGGACUCCGAACCCCUCAGUGCCGGAUCUGCUUCCAGGGCCCGGAGCAGGGGGAGCUCUUGAGCCCCUGCCGCUGCGACGGCUCAGUGCGCUGCACGCAUCAGCCCUGCCUCAUCCGCUGGAUCAGCGAGAGGGGCUCCUGGAGCUGUGAGCUCUGCUACUUCAAGUACCAGGUCCUGGCGAUCAGCACCAAGAACCCACUGCAGUGGCAGGCCAUCUCCCUGACGGUCAUCGAGAAGGUCCAGAUUGCUGCCAUAGUCCUGGGCUCGCUCUUCCUGGUUGCCAGCAUCUCCUGGCUCAUCUGGUCCUCACUCAGCCCUUCAGCCAAGUGGCAACGACAGGAUCUGCUCUUUCAGAUCUGCUACGGCAUGUAUGGCUUCAUGGAUGUCGUCUGCAUAGGCCUCAUCAUCCAUGAAGGCUCCUCUGUCUACCGCAUCUUCAAGCGCUGGCAGGCAGUGAACCAGCAGUGGAAGGUCCUAAAUUAUGACAAGACCAAGGACAUAGGAGGAGAUGCAGGGGGAGGGACGGCAGGGAAGCCAGGCCCCAGGACCUCACGGACGGGCCCCACCUCUGGGGCCACGAGCCGCCCCCCAGCUGCCCAGCGCAUGCGGACGCUCUUGCCUCAGCGCUGCGGUUAUACAAUCUUGCACCUCCUUGGGCAGCUGCGGCCACCAGAUGCCCGUUCCAGCUCCCAUUCUGGCCGAGAGGUUGUCAUGAGGGUCACUACAGUCUGAACUGGACUCCAGGAGCAGGGAUCUUGAGUCAAUGCAUCAGUCAGAGAAGAGCUCUCAUGGCUGCUGGAGAUACCAGCUGGACAAGGUGUUUGGGGCAUGCUGCCCCCGUCACCGAGGAUCUGUGUGGGUAGCCUCAAGCUGGAGACAUUGUCCGGCCUCACUGCCCACUGGGUAGAGACACCUGGAUGACAUUUCAGUACCCGCUGGCAGCUCCUCACACUCAUCCAGAGACGGCCGGUGGGCAGGCAGGGAGAGCAGCUUUCCUUCCCUGGAGAGAACCGUCUUUACCUCAGCUCCUAGGGCCUCCAGCCCCCCAGCUCCACCACGGUGACUUGGUGAAGGGGGACCAAUGCCAGAAGAAAGGGGCUGUAGACCCCUAUUCCCCACCCCAUGGCCACAGGGCAUCUGGCAAUAAGACUAGUAUACAUUGACCUCCCGUUCCCUGCAUGAGGGCGGGGACUUCCCCCUGCUCCAUCCCCCAUUGCAUGGGGGAAGGGCAUAAAGAAUCAUUUAUAUGCA